CGCGGCGUAGCCUUUAUAAGCACCGUACGGCUGCCCAACACCGUCGCAACCAACCCAAACAACAUCAUACGAUGGCCUGACGAGCGAUGCGAGCGCUGCUUUUAGUAGCAGGGGCUGCCCAAGCCCUGAUAGCCCGGCACCUCCUGAACGGCACCUGCGCAUCACUAUCGAAACGCCUCGACGACAGCUUCCUUGUACCUCGUUUAGAAAAAGCAUUACAAGCGGCCAAGCCACCGGCCGUCCAGGUCUUCGCCAACGCCGCGCACUCCAUUCUUCUCGAGAACUUUUUAUGUGGCCUACCUAGGAAGGACUUGCGGGACCAUGUUGUUGUGUGGGCCGCGGACGCGGAAACGAAUGGGAGAAUGCGUCGCUAUUUACCAGCGGCACGCGUCGUCGACGUGUCGAGUGCGUUCGGUUCCAGCGAAGAUGCACCUUUCCAGAGCGAGGCCUAUGCCGAGUUCGCGGCCGUCAAGGCCCUCAUGCCCCACGCCGCGGCGGCGCUGGGCUUUUCAACCCUGACGCAGGACGCCGACGUCGUCUGGCUCGCCGACGUGCCCGCUUAUCUCAGACGGUUCCAUGCGGCAUCGAUGGCGGACUCGCCGCGCGUCGACACUCGUACAAGGCCAUGUAGAAGGAAGGAGGCGGAUUUGCUGAGGGCGUAUUUAACCACGGAUAAACAGCGGGCGGACCACGACGCUUCACUCCUCGCGAAGGGCAAGUUUGUUUACGACGAUGAGGCUUGUAGGAGGCACCGCUGUUUUGAUAGUGUGAACGGCGGCUUCCUUUUCUAUAGGAAUGGUCUCGUGUCGAACGCGCUGGCGGCCUGGGCCGGGUCCUGCGCGUCGAUCGUCAAAGGCCGCGAGAACCAACCUUCUCUGGUUCAUGCUUUGAAGGGGACGUUACCACGAGACGGCUGCCUCUACGACGAAGAUAUGAGAAAUACGACGACGAAGACCUGGCCGGCGCCUUUAACAUCAGACCUCGUCGUGCUCAACCAGGACCUCUUCGUGUCCGGGCGGCGCGCGGCCUUCGCGCGCGAGGCCUUGCAUCGGAACGAGCUCCUCGCCUUCCACGCGAAUUUUCUCUACGGCUGGCGCGCGAAGUGCGAGAAGCUCCGGAAGUUGGGGCUGCUGUUCGUGGGCGUUCCGCGGGGGGACGUGUGCCGCGACCCGGCGGCGGCGACUUGUAAGAGUAGGUGAU